UACAAAAAAUCUGAAAAACAAAAAUUGAUUCGGCGCCUCAGCUUCGCCGAGUUUCACGGUGACGGUGGAUACAGAGAAGAAGAAAACCAGAACAUGGCCACGUAGCCUCUAAACCAAAACUAAUCAUCCCUCUUUUCUCUCUCUCUUCUCUUUCCAAUUUUGAAUUCCCUUUUACCGGCAGCGAUAUGUCAGUCGCCGGAGCUAUAAACCCCUUGCCUAACGCACCAAUCCCAGCCGGACCCACCACAACACGCCGCCGUGUGGGUGAUUCUCUCGACGUAGUCUCCGAACGACCCUCGAAUUCCUCUGAUUUCUGCAGUACAGCCACCGCUAAUACCGUCGUUGUAUCGACGGAUUUGGACGGCGGAGAUACGAGCAGCCAAGGGGGUCCUUGUUCCUCUCCAUCUUCGGAGGGUUCCUCGUCUACUGGAUCUCACUACCACCACGAUCACUAUCACCAAUUUCACAACAACCAAGCGAUUCGGUUUCUCCUUCUCCUCCGUAAAUUCCGGUUUCCGUUUUUCCAAGGCGGCGGUUGUGGUGGAUCGACGCCUGUGGUGGGGCAAGGGUUUAGAUCGGGGAGAAACGUGGGGCGUCGGAUCUUGGGUCUCCUCAUGGUUCUCGUGGUCGCGUCCGUGUUCCUCAGGGUAUACCUCAUAGGUGGUGUACGCGUGGUCGACCACGCGCGAUUGAGCGAGUUUGUCGUCGUUAGAACGCUCUGUGACGAUCGGUCAAUGGCUCAACGUGAAGUCGCCGUCAACCAAGCUUCGUCUCAGCCAAUGCGCGUUCUGGAGAAGCUUCCCAUUCCGGAAAUUUGGCAGAAACCUGAAAGCGGAAAUUAUCGCCAGUGUGUGGCGCGUCCUAAGAAACAGACGAGACUGCGCCGAAAAACCAAUGGGUAUCUUCUAGUACACGCAAAUGGAGGAUUGAAUCAGAUGAGAACUGGGAUAUGUGACAUGGUUGCCGUUGCCAAGAUUAUGAAUGCAACUCUUGUUCUUCCUCUUCUUGACCACGAAUCUUUCUGGACUGACCCAAGCACUUUUAAAGAUAUUUUUGACUGGAGACACUUCAUGAACCUUCUGAAACACGAUGUUGACAUUGUCGAGUACUUGCCUCCUCAGUAUGCUGCCAUGAAGCCUCUUCUAAAGGCCCCUAUUUCUUGGUCGAAGGCUAGUUACUACAGAAGCGAAAUGGUGCCACUGUUGAAACGUCACAAGGUGUUGAAGUUCACGCAUACUGACUCACGGCUUGCUAACAAUGACUUGCCGCCAUCAAUCCAACGACUGAGAUGUCGUGCUAAUUACCAGGCACUGGUGUACACCAAGGAGAUCGAGGACCUUGGAAAGGUUUUGGUUAACCGGUUAAGAAACAACAGUGAGCCGUAUAUCGCUCUGCACUUGAGAUAUGAAAAGGACAUGCUUGCCUUUACAGGAUGCAACCACAAUCUUACAGCUGAGGAAGCUGAAGAUCUGAGAAUUAUGAGGUACAGUGUCCAACAUUGGAAGGAGAAAGAGAUUGAUAGCCGAGAGAGACGGAUUCAAGGUGGAUGUCCAAUGUCUCCUCGAGAAGCAGCCAUAUUUUUAAAGGCAAUGGGAUAUCCAUCCUCCACAACUAUAUACAUAGUGGCUGGUGAAAUCUAUGGAAGCAAGAGUAUGGAUGCUUUCCGUGCAGAGUACCCAAAUGUCUUUUCUCACUCAACCCUUGCGACUGAAGAAGAGUUAGAGCCUUUCAGUCCAUACCAGAAUCGCCUUGCUGCAUUGGAUUAUAUUGUGGCCCUUGCAAGCGAUGUUUUUGUAUAUACAUAUGAUGGAAAUAUGGCUAAGGCGGUCCAAGGACACAGAAGGUUUGAAGGGUUUAGGAAGUCGAUAAAUCCAGACAGGCUGAACUUUGUUAGACUGAUGGAUCAUUUUGAUGAGGGUGUCAUAUCUUGGGAAGAGUUUGCUUCCGAGGUUAAGCGAUUAAAUAGAGACAGGAUUGGAGCUGCUUAUGCGAGACUGCCUGCUUCACUUCCCAGGCUAGAGGAGAAUUUCUAUGCAAACCCACAACCUAAUUGCAUCUGUAACAAGUCUCAUCAUCCUGAGCAGCUCUGGAAAAAAUCAAGUCUAAGAACGGAGUCAAAGACAUGGAAGAAGAGUGCUUCAAGAUAGCGUCCAAAACAGUCGAGGUUCACUUGUCAAACACUGAAGAAUGCUGUUGUGGAUCAGAGCAUAGAACAAGCUGCAUCGAGUAUACAGCGUUUUUGUACAGAUAUAGGAAAAGAGGUAACCCGAGUUUCAGAAGAUUCAGGCUGCUUAGUAGAAUCAAUUUGGCAUACAGGGGGGCAUCAAAGGUUGUAUCAGCUAGAGCAUUUUUGUGACUCUGCACGGGAAGCACAAUACAAAGAUUGAGACGUCUGCUAAUCAUCAGUGAACUCAAAAAUUGAUUGUACAUUGGAUUACAAAUUUUGAAUCAGUAUACAUCUCACACAUUGUUCAAAAACAUAUUAAAGUAGAAGCCGAGUUCUUGAUC